GUGAGCCGCUGGAGAUUGGGAUAGAAGUCAUUCUGGCAAGUUUUGACAGCAUCUCUGAAGUGGAUAUGGAUUACACCAUCACCAUGUACCUGAAUCAGUACUGGCGCGACGAACGCCUUCAGUUCCUGGACAAUGACACGCUCGACAAUCUGGAUAACAACACCAUCAAAGCCAUGACCUUGACCGGAGCCUUCGCAGAGAAAAUCUGGGUACCGGAUACGUUUUUAGCUAAUGAUAAGAAUUCAUUCCUUCACGACAUUACAGAGAAGAAUAAGAUGGUUCGUCUCUAUGGCAACGGCUCCUUGGUGUAUGGGAUGAGGUUUACCACCACUCUGGCGUGUAUGAUGGAUCUACAUAACUAUCCUUUGGAUCACCAGCAGUGCACUGUGGAAAUAGAGAGCUACGGUUACACAAUGGACGACAUCGUGCUGUACUGGCUCAACGACCGCGGGGCUGUGACUGGAGUGGAGGACGUGUCCUUACCGCAGUUCUCCAUCGACACCUACGAGACGAUCAAUAAGAUCGAGGAACUGCUUACAGGUGACUACCAGCGCCUGUCCCUCAUCUUCCAGCUACAGCGGAACAUCGGCUAUUUUAUCUUUCAGACAUACCUGCCCUCCAUUCUGAUCGUGAUGCUCUCGUGGGUCUCUUUUUGGAUCAACCAUGAGGCCACGUCUGCGAGAGUGGCUCUUGGCAUCACGACUGUGCUGACCAUGACAACCAUCAGUAACGGUGUCCGCUCGUCCUUACCACGCAUCUCUUACGUGAAGGCUAUCGACAUCUACCUAGUCAUGUGCUUCGUCUUCGUCUUUGCUGCCCUGUUGGAAUACGCUGCAGUGAACUACACCUACUGGGGGGCUCGUGCCAAGAGGAAGGCGAAGAGACUGCGUGAGCGAGCGACCAGUGUGAGGAGAACAAGGGUGGAAGAGCCCCCUGAGCCUAUGGUGAAUUUGAACAACUCCAAUCUGGAGGCUGUGGAGCUGAAGGAAGUGCACCGCAUGGCCCCCGCCCCGAUGGGCAUCACCAACAGCCAGAGUUUCAACUUAGAGCUGGAUGACGGCUCCAUAGAGACGUCCGGUUUCCGAAUGGCACCCACCAUACCCCGCCCCUACACCAGCCACGCUCCUACCACCGCCCACGGCUAUAUCCCGAGCACCGUCGUCCGGCGGCGGAGCAGCAGUCACGUGCCCCCACGCAGGCGCAGACUGCUGUCGAACUUCCGGCAGAAGGCCAAGUCCAUCAAGGUGAAGAUUCCCCGCGUGCAGGACGUGAACACGAUAGACAAAUACGCUCGACUAAUGUUCCCGCUCCUCUUCAUUAUCUUCAACGCCAGUUAUUGGGCGGUAUACUUGCUUACGUGAACUCAAGUUUGGAAUUUGUUGUUGCCUCGCCCUUACCUUUUCAUUCGAAUAUUUUUUUUCCUCAGCAAGCCGGACUUGCAAAUUUCUCGUUAUUGCGCAGCAGGUAUUGGCUGAGAAGUCAACUGGACACGUCAAACUGGGCACAAGGACUUUGAUGUGUACCCAGUGGGUGACGUGCUGUUGUUUGUGCUGACGAAUACUCACCGCUCUCUAGCAAAAUAGACGACAAUUCUGGCGAUGGCAGGGCAGCAAGAGAUCUUCUGGGACCUCAGAGAAGAAACUUUUCUUUACAAAUAUUUCCUCAUCGAAUUUAUGGACACUAAAUUUGAUGUGUUCUGUCUUGAAGCGGUGAAUUUGUGGGGUCUAUUCUGGGA